AUGCCGCCGCAGCAGAUCAUAGUGCCGUGGCUCUGCUUUCUUUUGAUGACUGUGUUAGUGCCGGAGGUGAGUGCUAUGGGGGGUCUGUGCCCCGUUGCGUGCACGUGCAAGUGGAAAGGUGGUAAACAAACUGUAGAGUGCAUGGAAAGAGGACUUAUUACGAUUCCUGACAGUAUAGACCCCGAAACGCAAGUGCUCGAUUUGUCCGGAAAUAAUCUGCAAAUCCUCCAUCGCGAAACGUUCAACAGGACUGGAUUAAUUAAUCUUCAAAGAGUGUUUUUGAGAAGCUGUCGUAUCGGCCAAAUUGACAAUUUAGCCUUCAGGGGAUUAACGAAUCUAAUUGAACUUGAUUUGUCACAUAAUCUUCUUACUGGCAUACCGACAGGAACUUUCAAAGAUAUUCCGUUUCUGAGAGAUUUAAUUAUAUCUAAUAAUCCUAUCCAAAAAAUCGAAUCGCAAGCUUUUCAAGCAGUUCAUGGAUUAGUUAAAUUAGAUUUGUCCAACUGUGAAAUCCAAAAUGUAGCCCCCAAAGCUUUCGAGGGAAUUGAAAUGCUGGAAUCCCUUAAAUUGAACGGCAAUCGACUUUCCGAACUUCGCCUACGUACGGUCGAAACCCUUACCAGACUUCAUGGGGUUGAGCUCCAUGACAACCCCUGGCAUUGCGACUGUCGCUUACGAUCCGUCAAAGAGUGGUUAGUCAGAAAUAACAUUCCUUAUCCUGAAAAUCCAGUGUGCAGUGGUGGACCUGAAAGAGUUAUACAUAAGACAUUCGGUGAACUUCAUAUCGAUGAUUUUGCUUGCAAACCAGAAAUACUUCCUGUGAGUAGAUACAUCGAAGCAGUGUCCGGUGAAAACGCCACUAUUACUUGCCGUGCCAACGCAGUACCUUCAGCUCACGUCAAAUGGUACUGGAACGGUAAACAGCUAAUCAAUAAUUCCAUUUUCACACCACAUCAAAUGAUACAUAUCUACGAAGAAGGCAAGCAAGAAAAAAGAAGCAAUUUAGUCAUAACCAACAUUCAAGAAGGCGAUCCUAGUGAGUUUUAUUGUGUUGCUGAAAAUCGCGCUGGUAGUUCCGAGGCUAACUUCACUUUAAGAGUGUCUCUUCGUCCUUUGGGAAUAACUUCUCUUGGUAACGGCCAAAUUGCAGGCCUUAGUGCUGCUUUAGUGUUCCUAAUUCUUUUCAUAUUGAUCGUCAUAUCUAUUUUACUGCUCAGACUCAGAAGACUGCCUUUCACUGAGAGCAAAACCCCAGGCCAGAUAGAGAAACCACCUCGAUUGAAUGAUAUUCCGUAUUCUACUGUGCAUUAUAGUGGAAAUGGUAGUGUUGUUACUGGUUCUUGUUUCGUGUCUCCAUCUUCAACAUCCGGUAACAAUCCUGACUUAAUAAAUGAUACUAAAGGUGGAGAAAUAGUACCAACGGCUGUAGAGAAUUUUGAUCGACCUCUCAGUGGAGAAUACAGUCGAAAUCCAGACUCAUUAUAUCCUUCUGGAUUGUGGGACAGUGAACACGGUCCUUCCAACACCAGCUUCCAGUAUAACGACAAGACGCCCAUAAUGCACGAUGGAACCAGCACCGGUGGUUCUAUCGAAGAACUGACGUUUCGUUUAGCUCAAGGUACUAACCGUCUAGCGGCCUACCCAUCGGAUUACGGUCUUCCAAUAGCAGAAACCAAAACUGAAAACAUAUCGAUACCUGCGUCUCAAGUGAACCUACCAGUAAACGCAAAGACUUUAAGAGUGUGGCAAAAAGGUGCUGUACCAGUAUUACCUCCAGUUACAGCUUUGAAAAGAGUGCUCACCAGCAAUAGGAACUCACCCGACGAAGGCUACCAAGAAGGUUGCGGUACCGAUGUUUAA